AUGGCAAAACUCACUGAUGAUGCAGACUACGAUGCCGGGAAACGUCUGAGAAUGUAUCAAGUCCACUGUCAGAUGCUAGGAGCCAUGACAACUAAUAUGGCAGACGACUUCGGACUCGGUGCGUUCUACAUAGUCUCCGUGACCACAAGACCAAGUUGCGACAACGAGAGUAGAAUGAGACUGCGUUUUGUAACUGCUGUGACUUGGAGGAUGUCUGCAAAGUGGCCUGAAUGGCUGACGACCAAGUCAUUCGUCACCGGAAUGGAAAAAAGAAGAUGUCGGCUGGACUGCGCAAGCCUGAAUGGUUCUGAUGCAACGCGACUCAGCGCCGCCUCACCAGACAAAAUCACACACAUUCCAACAACAUUAGACGAGCAGACGAGCAGAAGAGGAUGA